UCUCUGAGGUCCUGUGUUAGUCCCACUGAGGCAGUAGUCUACUGAGGUCCUGUGUUAGUCCCACAGAGGCAGUAGUCUACUGAGGUCCUGUGUUAGUCCCACUGAGGCAGUAGUCUACUGAGGUCCUCUGUUAGUUCCACAGAGGCAGUAGUCUACUGAGGUCCUGUGUUAGUCCCACUGAGGCAGUAGUCUACUGAGGUCCUGUGUUAGUUCCACUGAGGCAGUAGUCUACUGAGGUCCUCUGUUAGUUCCACUGAGGCAGUAGUCUACUGAGGUCCUGUGUUAGUCCCACUGAGGCAGUAGUCUACUGAGGUCCUGUGUUAGUCCCACAGAGGCAGUAGUCUACUGAGGUCCUGUGUUAGUCCCACAGAGGCAGUAGUCUACUGAGGUCCUGUGUUAGUCCCACAGAGGCAGUAGUCUACUGAGGUCCUGUGUUAGUCCCACAGAGGCAGUAGUCUACUGAGGUCCUGUGUUAGUCCCACUGAGGCAGUAGUCUACUGAGGUCCUCUGUUAGUUCCACAGAGGCAGUAGUCUACUGAGGUCCUGUGUUAGUUCCACCGAGGCAGUAGUCUACUGAGGUCCUGUGUUAGUCCCACUGAGGCAGUAGUCUACUGAGGUCCUGUGUUAGUCCCACUGAGGCAGUAGUCUACUGAGGUCCUGUGUUAGUCCCACUGAGUCAGUAGUCUACUGAGGUCCUGUGUUAGUCCCACUGAGGCAGUAGUCUACUGAGUGUUAGUCCCACUGAGGCAGUAGUCUACUGAGGUCCUGUGUUAGUCCCACGGAGGCAGUAGUCUACUGAGGUCCUGUGUUAGUCCCACUGAGGCAGUAGUCUACUGAGGUCCUGUGUUAGUCCCACUGAGGCAGUAGUCUACUGAGGUCCUCUGUUAGUCCCACUGAGGCAGUAGUCUACUGAAGUCCUCUGUUAGUUCCACUGAGGCAGUAGUCUACUGAAGUCCUGUGUUAGUUCCACUGAGGCAGUAGUCUACUGAGGUCCUCUGUUAGUCCCACUGAGGCAGUAGUCUACUGAGGUCCUCUGUUAGUCCAGAUCUGUCAAGAAACCCAUCCGGAGUUCCUAAGUCUUUCAAUAAGUUGUUUUGUCCCUCUUUAAGUUACUAGCUCAAUCUGCAAUAGGUCCUGUUUUAUUGUGUUCAAACAGGCAAGAAACCCUGAUGAUGAGGUUGGUGAUGGUGAUGAUGAUGAUGAAGAUGAGACUAGUGAGUUGUUUAUUCUCCAGGGUGCUUCAGCAUUCUCCAGAGUGCUUCAGUAUUCUCCAGAGUGCUUCAGCAUUCUCCAGGGUGCUUCAGUAUUCUCCAGAGUGCUUCAGUAUUCUCCAGAGUGCUUCAGCAUUCUCCAGGGUGCUUCAGUAUUCUCCAGCGUGCUUCAGCAUUCUCCAGGGUGCUUCAGUAUUCUCCAGAGUGCUUCAGCAUUCUCCAGAGUGCUUCAGCAUUAUCCAUGGUGCUUCAGUAUUCUCCAGCGUGCUUCAGCAUUCUCCAGGGUGCUUCAGUAUUCUCCAGAGUGCUUCAGUAUUCUACAGGGUGCUUCAAUAUUCUCCAGAGUGCUUCAGCGUUCUCCAGGGUGCUUCAAUAUUCUCCAGAGUGCUUCAGCGUUCUCCAGGGUGCUUCAGCAUUCUCCAGAGUGCUUCACUAUUCUCCAUAGUGCUUCACUAUUCUCCAGAGUGCUUCACUAUUCUCCAGAGUGCUUCAGCAUUCUACAGGAUGCUUCACUAUUCUCCAGAGUGCUUCACUAUUCUCCAGAGUGCUUCAGCAUUCUCCAGGGUUCUUCAGUAUCCUACAGGGUUCUUCAGUAUCCUACAGAGUGCUUCAGUAUUCUACAGAGUGCUUCAGCAUUCUCCAGGGCGCUUCAGCAUUCUCCAUAGUGCUUCAGCAUUCUCCAGAGUGCUUCAGCGUUCUCCAGGGUGCUUCAGCAUUCUCCAUAGUACUUCAGCAUUCUCCAGGGUGCUUCAGUAUUCUACAGGGUGCUUCAAUAUUCUCCAGAGUGCUUCAGUAUUCUCCAGGGUGCUUCAGUAUUCUCCAGGGUGCUUCAGCAUUCUCCAGGGUUCUUCAGCAUUCUCCAGAGUGCUUCAGCAUUCUCCAGAGUGCUUCAGUAUUCUACAGGGUGCUUCAGUAUUCUACAAGGUGCUUCAGUAUUCUACAGAGUGCUUCAGGCUUCCAAUAGGAGGUCCAACAGUCCUUUCCUGA